GCACCUUCUCGAACAGUCACUUGGCGUUUUGUCUCCUGAGGACCCCGCAGUCCACUAUGGCGGCACCCCAUGGAACUUUAAACUGUGAGGACUUUUCAAUGUUUCAGGAGGUGCUGAAGGUGAUGCGCACCAUAGAUGACCGCAUAGUCCAUGCCCUGAACACCACCGUGCCCACAGUCUCCUUUUCAGGCAAAGUGGAUGCCACACAAACAUGCAAACAGCUCUAUGAAUCUAUGAUGGAGGCCCAUCUGAGCAGAGACAAAGCUAUCAAGGCUUGUAUAGCCCAAACAUCUGAGGUGGUGGGACAUCUGCGUGAGGAAAGAGCUAAAGACAGCGAAAACCUGGCAAUCAUCAAACAACUCAGAAAGGAGCAGACCAAAUUAAAGCUAAUGCAAUCAGAGCUGAAUGUUGAAGAAGUUGUCAAUGAUAGAAGCCUGAAGGUUUUCAGUGAAAGGUGCAGAAUCCACUACACGCCUCCGAAGGUGAAGUGAAGCUCUGUCUGAUGAGAUCAGCUGUUUCACUCGAGGUUUAAAUCCAGACUGGAGCUGAAACUGUGACCUGAUGCUGAGUCCUGACUGCAGGCUUUCCAUCAUCCAGACAACUCUGACCUCUUCUUCAACACACUUAUAUUCCAUUGUGAUUACUGUAUUGUAUUACCACCGCUGUACACCAGUCAUCUGUAUGUUUCUUUAAUGAGAAACAUCGUACAAAAUUAGUUUUUUAAAAAGACAGUGAAAUGUUUUCAAGUGACGCUGGUUGUCUGAGUGAUUCAGUGUUUUCUAAAUUCAAUUAGAAAUGAAAGGCACAGUUUAAUAUAUGCUGUCUUAAAAUCUUGUACAAAUUCAAUGCAAAUAUUUCGGAAGGCAGUGUCGGUUUGUGGGACCACCACUUUGGUCCAGCCUGAAAUAUCUCAACAACUGUUGGUUGGAUUAGCUUGUCGUUUUGUCCAUUCAUGUCCUUCAAGACAUUCAUGUCUGCCUCAGGAUAAAUUCUAAGAACUUUGGUAAUUCCUUAACUUCCCAUCUAGCAUCAUCAUCAGAUCUAAUAUUUUUUUAUUACCAAAAAACAUUCAGAACUAAAGACAUUUCCAUCAGCCUCAGCUGUACCUUACGUUCAUCACUAAUUAGCAAAUGUUUGUAUUCUGCAACGCCAAAUUAAGAGGAGCAUGAUAAACAUACCUGCUGAACAUGAGCAUGUUAAAAUGCUGUUUUGAGCAUUUCAGGAUGCUAGUGUUAAUAUUUAACUUAAAGCAGCACCUCAGUCUAGUCUCACAGAGCUGCUAGCAUGGCUGUAUGCGGUCAAAGUCUUUUUUUUACUUAGGAAGAGGGUUCCUAAAUGAGGGAAAUGACCCAGAAGUAUAUAAGUGG